UGCAUAGAUAGGAAGAUGUUAUAGAUUCAAAUUUCUUCUGGAAAACAUAAAAACAUUCGUCAUUCUGUUAAUCAUCAGACAGAAUAUUUCGCUUUCCAUUUUAAGUUUCUUAAUGACUACUCUUUACUCAGUAGGAGUACAAGUCAAUAGUGCUAUCCUAUACUCAUGACAUGGAAAUAUCAAAUUGUCGGCCUAACUCACUCUCUCACUAGCCCUUCUUUCUCUCUCUUCUCUGUUCGCCUCCCUUUACUCUGCGCACUUCUUGCUCUCCGUGCGCAGCUGGUGCAACCACCUAUCCAACGGCCAUCUCUUCUUUGUUCCAAAACCUUGAAUAUCACCUCUGUUUCUUCUUCCGCUGCCGUCGGAAAAUUCGAGUUCUUCGACGCCGGGAAGUGUCUGAUGUCGAAAGCUCGAGUUUAUGCUGAUGUUAAUGUUCAUCGACCUCGUGAGUAUUGGGAUUAUGAAUCUCUUACCGUUCAAUGGGGUGAUCAAGAUGACUAUGAAGUUGUGCGGAAGGUUGGAAGGGGGAAAUACAGUGAGGUUUUUGAAGGAAUAAACAUCAAUAAUAAUGAAAGAUGUGUUAUCAAGAUCUUGAAACCAGUGAAGAAGAAAAAGAUUAAAAGAGAAAUAAAAAUUCUUCAAAACUUGUGUGGGGGACCUAACAUCAUAAAACUGCUUGAUAUUGUCAGAGAUCAGCACUCCAAGACACCGGGCUUAGUUUUCGAGUUUGUCAACAGUACAGAUUUUAAAGUUCUGUAUCCAGCCUUGUCUGAUUAUGACAUUCGUUACUAUAUCUAUGAGCUUCUGAAGGCCUUAGAUUUCUGCCAUUCGCAAGGGAUAAUGCAUCGAGAUGUCAAGCCUCACAAUGUCAUGAUAGACCAUGAAUUGAGGAAACUACGUUUGAUAGAUUGGGGUCUUGCGGAGUUCUACCAUCCUGGCAAGGAGUAUAAUGUCCGUGUUGCUUCAAGAUACUUCAAGGGGCCAGAACUUCUUGUUGAUUUACAAGACUAUGACUAUUCACUGGAUAUGUGGAGCCUUGGUUGCAUGUUUGCUGGAAUGAUAUUCCGGAAAGAGCCAUUCUUCUAUGGUCACGACAACCAUGAUCAACUUGUAAAAAUUGCAAAGGUGCUUGGAACAGAUGAAUUGAAUGCUUAUUUGAACAAAUAUCUUCUGGAGCUUGAUCCACAGCUUGAUGCUCUUGUUGGAAGGCACAGCAGGAAGCCAUGGUCAAGAUUUGUUAACCCAGAUAAUCAGCAUUUAGUUUCGCCGGAGGCCAUUGACUUCCUUGAUAAGCUUCUUCGCUAUGACCACCAGGAUAGGCUUACUGCCAAAGAAGCAAUGGCGCAUCCGUACUUCUCACAAGUUAGAGCUGCAGAAAGCAGUAGAAUGCGAACGCAAUAGCUUACCAGUACCAGGUGAGAAGUUUGAUGAUCUCUAUUGUAGGCUGCUGCAUAUUGCUUAUGAGUUAUGACCCCUUUUAAAAUUUCCAUUAACUCAUCGUGUCUGAUAGACUAUCUGUGGUUACAGAGGGGAUUCUUUAUGUAUAAUGCAUUUUUUUUCAAUUUUUUGGAAACAAUGUGCAAUGCUGUACACAACAAUGUUUCUAAUUUCUUUGUUGUAGCCUUUUGUGCAUUUAUGGUGUU